AUGAUUCAAACAAAACCAGGGAAACAGAGAAAACUCACUAUGAAGGAGGAGUUUGUCAAGACCAUGUUGAAACUAAGACUUGGUGUAGACAAUACAACUCUUUCCGUUUUGUUUAAUGUGUCAAUUGGAUAUGUCUCAAACCUAUUUAGCACAUGGAUAAAUUUCCUAGCUCAAAUUCUAGACCCUGUUAUUAAGUGGCCAGAUGCAAGUACUUGGAGUAAUUACAAGUCCCACAACACCUUUAAGGCACUGGUCGCUAUUCAACCAAAUGGAGCUUUUACUUUUGUUUCCAAAUUCUGGAGUGGCAAUGUCAGUGACCGAAAAAUUACAGUUGACAGCAAAUAUAUUGACCUCAUUUCCCCAGGGGACGAGGUCAUGGCAGACAGAGGAUUCCAAAUUAGAGAUCUUCUUACCCUGAAAGGAGCAUAUUUGAAUAUGCCGCCUUUCACCAAUGAGAGAAGAAAUGGCAGAGGGAGAGUGCUAACAUCAAAACAGAUUAUUGAGUCUCGUAAAAUUGCUUCACUACGUAUCCAUGUGGAACGAGCCAUCCGCAGACUGAAAUCUUUCAACAUGUUAGGAGGCAUUCUCCCUCUGAAAAUGAAAAAUUUGUCAUCUGCAAUGCUUAGAGUAGCAGCAGCAUUUUGCAACUUAAUGCCACCUUUGUCAAAGAAAUUUAAAUGA